AUGACUGAAACAAACCGCUCCUUCGUCUUGCGUGCUGUUAAAGAUGUGGUACUCGAGGACCGUCCAGUUCCCACGCUAAGAGAUCCUUGGGAUGUUCGAGUGCACAUUGCGCAGACUGGUAUCUGCGGGAGUGACGUGCACUACUGGCAGCGAGGGCGGAUCGGAGAUUUUGUCUUAAAUUCUCCCAUCGUUCUGGGGCACGAAAGCUCCGGUACUGUUGUUGAAGUUGGCUCCGCCGUGAAGAAUGUCAAAGUGGGCGACCGAGUCGCUAUCGAACCUGGAGUGCCAUGCAGACACUGCGAUUUCUGUCGUAGUGGUUCCUACAAUCUUUGCCCGGACACAGUUUUCGCCGCAACUCCCCCUCACGAUGGCACGCUCUCAAAGUAUUACAACACACAGGCGGACUACUGUUACCCGCUACCGGAAAACAUGAACAUGGAAGAAGGUGCACUUGUGGAGCCGGUCGCUGUUGCCGUGCAGAUCACCAAGGUCGGCAAAGUGAAGCCAAAUCAGACAGUCGUGGUAUUUGGCUGCGGGCCCAUUGGACUUCUUUGCCAGGCCGUAAGCAAGGCAUAUUCUGCGAAGAAAGUGAUUGGGGUAGACAUCAGCCAGUCGCGCGCAGACUUUGCGCGCACGUUUGGUGCGGAUGAUGUCUUUGUUCCUCCAGCUCGACCUGAAGGCAAAGAUGAAAUCGCGUGGAACGAAGAAGUCGCAAAUAUUAUGAAGGAAAAGUUCAAUUUAGGCGAGGGCCCCGACGUUGUUCUGGAGGCCACUGGAGCGCAGGCAUGCAUACAAACUGGAGUAUAUUUGACCAAAAAGGGGGGCACAUAUGUGCAAGCCGGCAUGGGUCGAGAACAUGUUGUUUUCCCCAUCACUACUGCUUGUAUUCGCGAUCUGCACAUUCGAGGGUCCAUUCGGUAUACGACUGGCUGUUACUCUACGGCCGUGGACUUGAUCGGUUCAGGGAAGAUUGAUGCGAAACGACUUAUCACUAACCGAUUCAAGUUUGAAGAUGCCGAAGAAGCAUUUGAACUUGUAAGACAAGGAAAAGAGAGCGUUAUCAAGUGUAAUCGCAUGAUUCCAGUAUGCACUUUAUGUCACAAGUUUGGGCGGCGAUGCACCUACGAAAGACAGACGAAAACACCGCUCACUCGGCGCCACCUUAACGAGGUUGAGAGUGAACUAGCACGUACUAAGGCGCUGCUUCAGCAGCUUAUGACAAACCGGAAAAACCAUGCAAAUGUGGAAUUUCAUACGGUGGUUGAAGAUUUGAGUGAAGUGUCCCAUUCUGAAGGUGUUGCUGGAUUCCAGCCGUUGAGCGACCCAAGCGACCGGCAACCUAGACGUCUGGCGAGUCCCGGGGUCCAUUCUCGACAUUCAACCCAACACAUGGCACUCGAAGAAGCUCGUAGCCAUCAAUAUCAAUCUUCUGUGUAUGAGAAUGAGCCGCAGACAAUACCAUCUUUACCACUGAAGCCCAACUCUUCUCCUAGCAACUUUGAAUGGGAUGAAAGAAAUGAGAACGCGAACGGUGAAAGAUUCAUCGAUGGCAUGGCAAGUUUGACAAGUGCGCCCCAUGAAGGGGGCUACCUAGGUGUUGCAUCGGGUGCUGCUUUAUUGCGUGCUACUGAUACCGGAAUCCAUGGAACAAACGAGUUUCCAUAUUUAGAGCAACGUUCACCUGCUUCAAACCAUCGAAGCCCGAGGAUUCAAUUUGCACUGAGCUCACUGGGCCAGCUAGAGCCAUUUGUGGAUGCUUACUUUUCUGUUUAUCAUCGUUCAUACCCGAUCAUACAUGAAGCAACCUUCAGAGCUCAGCUUAUGGAGGUGAUUCCCCGGCCAGCUGGAAAUGCUUGGCAAGUCCUGUUAUUCAUAGUGUCUGCCGUGGGAGUAUGGACAACAGCAACGAAUCCAAUCGAUAUUGAUCUUCAGUUGUUUGAGUCUGCAAAAGCACGUAUUUCUAUUGACAUGCUGGAGACUGGAAACCUCGUCCUGGUACAAGCACUGACGUUGUUUUCGAAUUAUAUGCAAAAAAGAAAUAAGCCAAACUCCGGAUACAACUACACAGGUCUGGCGCGUCGCAUUGCGAUGGGUAUCGGUCUGCAUAAAGAAUUCCCAAACUCCGAAGCUAGUCUGUUUGCGACCGAGAUGAGGCGAAGAAUUUGGCAUUGCCUGUACAUAUUUGACGUCGGUGCAAUUAUUACCUUCUCGAGACCACUUGAUUUUCCAAAUGGUGGUAUUGAUGUGGCACUUCCAAUGAAUGUCCAUGAUCCGGAUUUCACGCAAGCAACCAAAGCCCUCCCUAUGCCAGCGGGUGAAACAACCGUGUAUACCCAUAUGCGAGCCCAAGCUACUUUCCAUAUGGCGACUAGUACGGUUUACUCCAAGAUAAUAUCGUCCCCCUUUCCCUCAGCAUCAAAUUUACUAGCUAUGGACGACGAGCUCAUUGGAGGUUGGCUCCGCGAGAUUCCUGAUUUCUUUCAAGAAUCUGUCACUCAAGAGCCCAGGUUUCGCUUAUGUCACUCGAUCUUACGAUGGAGAUAUAGGAACUUUCGCAUUCUCAUGUACCGACCGUUACUACUUAGCAGAUUGAUGGCACGCCCAGGUCAGGGAGCCGGACAGGAAAACCUCGCUCAAACUGAUAUAGCCAUUCAGCGAUGCUUGGACGCAGCCGGUGAGUCGGUGGAGCUAAUAUCAAAUUUCUGGGCACAAGAGCAGCAGAAUAUGAUGGCUUGCUGGUAUGGGCUGUACUUCUUAUUCCAAGCAAUCCUGAUUCCUGUCAUCUGCCUUCGCAACGAUCCCCAGGGCCCGCUAGCACCAGAAUGGCGUGAACAGAUUCAUCAGGCUAUGCUGGUUCUUGAAUCUAUGGCGCUCCUUAACCCCACUGCUUUCAGAUGUCUAUCAGUCAUUCGCAACCGAUGCGGGACCUACCUCGAUACUUCAGUAGAGGGAUGGGGCAACCCGACCGAAGAGUCACCACAGACACAAUUAGCGAACCUUUAUCCACUGAUGUGGCCAACUCUAGAAAUGGCUCAGCUUGAUGGAAUGGAUUCUGUUUUGUAA